UUUUUUAUUUUAUUUUUUUUAUUUUUUUUAUUUAUUUAUUCAUUUAUUUAUAUAUUUCUUUUUUUAAUUAUAUAUUGAUAUAUUUACUUACUUUAAUGUUAUUAUGAUUACUUUAUUUGUGACUCACCUGUACAAAGUGAUUUGUGAGAUGCAGGUAUGACCUUUCUGGAGGACGUGACAACAGCGUCAACUUUUGCAUCUAGCUCCAUUUAUUGAAAAACUAUUAGUCCUAGAUCAAUCAGGCUUGGUUUAUAAUUGCACCUAUGGAUGUUCAUCAGAAAGCAUAAAAAAUAAAAAUAAAAUUAAUUAAAGUUUUAAUUUAAAAAAAUUGAAUUUGAUUUUUAAUAAUAUAUGUUUUUAAACAUGCAUUAUCAGUGAGCUGAGGUGUGUGCCCAGGACAGCGUGCUUGAACCUCAAUUGGAUAUAAGCUGGAAAAUAAGUUGGAAUGAAAUGAAUGAAACAUCAGUAAACAAAAUUGAACGUUUGUUUCUCUGCAGGCGUACACUUCUGGCUCGCAGCUGUUGGAUGUCAAUGAGAGAGCGUUGUUGUCUCCUGUGUCUAUGGGUGCUAACACGGGCAUGUCCAAUGGCAGUGUUCCACAAGACUGGAGCGGAGCUACUCAGCCACGACAAGCCAUGGGGGGAACCAACACAGUCUUAUCACUCAACAGAUUAAAUGAUCCAACAAAUUUCCAAGCAUAUCCAGCUCCAUUACGUCAACAAGGUGUCGACUACGGCUAUAUGUACGAAACCCCGCCUAAAGGGGCAGGCCAGAGUUUAAAUGACAGCUCGUCAUAUCUGUACCAUGGUUACGGCCACAGCAGUGACUAUCAGAUGUAUGGUGAAAAUAAUAACAAAAGGCGGGUUGAAACGGAAGGUGCAAAUAGAAAUUACAAGCGCACCAAACCGGACAGCUAUUACUAUGACAACAUCCAGAGUGGAUUUGCAUAAACAACUGUUAUUAUAUACUAAAGGCGUGUUGUAACAAUAUGAUGUGUAGUAACGAUUCAUAACUUACGGUAAAAGGUCUAUUUAUAUUUUGAAGGUGCCAGAAUUGUCAGUUAUUCCACUGUAUAUUGUAAAUUAUGAUUGAAUAAUUUGCUAUCAAUGUGGUCUUUACUAGCACUAGUUGUAAAGUUGUGAACCAGUGAAAUUGCUUAAUAUAUAGAUUGUUACUACAUGUUGCACUGUGUGAACGCACCUUAAGGACCAUGUCUCCUUGCCAACAGCAUUUACAUAUGAUAAAUUAUUCAUAAAAAUGUAUUCUUGCCCAAUCCCAUCUCCACUCCCCAUUCUAGUAUGCCCCCCUUAUUUCAUUUCUUAUUUAUUUAUCUUCAUUCAUUUACACAUUAUGUCUUUAUUCUUUAUUUCUUCCUUUGAGUUUCAUGGAAAUAUGUUUCUCUAAUUAAAAACAAAAAAUCAUCUAAACUAGAGACCUUGGUGUGAAGAAGUAUCACUCUGACUUCCCAACACCUGAGACUAGUUCAGUAAAACUGAUUUUUACUAACGCUUAGCAUGUGAAAUAAAAACAAAUAGUACUACAUAAGGAUUAAAUGUAAAUGCUCCAUUUGGUAACAUCUUAAGUGGCUCCCCAUAAUCUUAACUUAGGGGAGUAAUUAAUAAGUCCCAGAAAAAAAUUCACAGUGAUAUCUGAAAUUGAUAUUUAUUAAUUUUAUUUUUUUACAUUUUUAUAUUCAUAUUUGUAUUCAGUUGAGGUUCAAGCAUGUUGUCCUGGACACACACACACACACACGCACGCACGCGCACACACACACACACACACACACACACCUCUGCUAGCUGGAUUGUCUGUCCAGGACAGUAGUUCUUAACCCAAUUUCGCGCAUGAUUUUAUUGACUUAGUCCAUAAAUACGUUUUUCAUGUCUACGUUUUAGUGCACAGCAAAAAACACUUUGAUUGAUAAGUGAUUGUUUUCACUCACAACGUUUUCAGUGUGGUGACAAGAUAAAGUAUUUACUAGUGACUUAAAAGUAUAAAUCAACGAUGCCAAAUUUUGUGUAGUAAUCCCCUUUCGAAAACAAAGAUAUGGAAAUGAACCAUUACCACGCACUGAAUCACAUUAAUGGAAAGUGGGCCUUUGUGGUUAAUCAGUGAAAGAGUUGAUAAAAUUUAUAUUGGAUGGGAGCCAGUACUCGGUACGAUCCUAAUACCUACCAGCCUUAGUCUAUGUGGCCUAACUACUUCGCUGGUCUUAGAUAAACACCUCUAGCUGUUAGGGCAUCGAAAAGUACCAAAUAUGACCAUAUCCAGUUUCUAAUGACAAAUCACAAUCUCUUGGCCAAUCAAAUCACUUGUUACAAAUAGAUACUACAAUCUUUUCAUCCAUUCAAAUUGCUUGUUACAAAUAGAUACUACAAUCUCUUGGCCAAUCAUAUCGUAUUUUACAAAUAGAUAUUACAAGUCACUUAGGGGUGACUGAUCUCAAGCUAGUGCUAUAUUUUACAGGUGCCAAAAUUAAAACACGGAUGUGUAGUUUAGAAAGUAGUAUAUUAGUUUUCGAAAAUGGUGGAAUGCCUUAGAUGAAUAGAUUUAGAAAGCUAGAUUUGUUUCAAGAAUCUAAAUAUUAGAGUUUAUUUACAUUUUAAUGUAUCAGUCAUGUUGUUUGUUUUUUGUUGUUUUUCGCUGUUUGCAAAGACACAGUGCAGAAUGAAUUUGUUUGGUGUUUUACGUUUUUGGUGUUUUUGUCUGAUGAUUUAGGGAUCUGGCUAUGAGUAAACAGUAUACUCACACAGCAGACUCUUUCCACAUGUCAGUAAAAACACAUGUUCUCAAAACAUCUAUCAUCAUGAUGUUGUUUUGUUUUCAAUUUUUAAUUCUGAUUUUAGCUUGUUGUUUUUUUGUGUUGUUGUUUUUUGCACAAAAUGAUUUUCCUAAAUUAGCUGGAUUUGAUAUGAAAUAUUUGGGUAUAGGAUUCAGCUUUUCAAAUAUCAUUUGAGCUUUAAAAAACCAAUUUUUUUUAUUAAAGUAAAAGUAUGCUGUGUUUAAUGACACAGCACGUUUGCUUCAUUAAUUAUCGGCUAUUGGAUGUCAAAAAUUUGGUAAUUCUGACUCGUAGUCUUCAGACAAAACCUACAUUUGUUUCGCAUUGGGGACAAAGAAUGUUAUGUAUGUACUUUCCCACAGACAGGACAGCACAUACCAUGGUCUUUGAUAUACUAGUAAAGGGGCAAUAGUUGAAAUGAGGAAAGAAACCUGAAAUUGGAAUCACGUCCCUUAUCUGUACCGUGUGCCAGUCUCCAUCAAGAAUGUUUUUGUCAGUAGUUUUGGUUUGGCUUGAUGUAAAAAAGAAAGAAAAAUGUUAAAAAAAAAAUAAAAAAAAUGUUGUACAGUUUGUAAAAGCAUUGGUCAAGAUGUAAAUUAAACAGCAAUAUUUACCCAUAGUACAGAAUAUCAUGUUCUCCAUGUCGGUUUCAAUUAUAAUAAUAUCUCCAUUGUAUGUUACUAAUUGGAGAUUCACUUCGUAUAUUUAUAUAUAUAUAUAUAUAUAUAUAUAUAUAUAUAUAUUUGAAGUUUCAUCACAAAACGCGAUAAAUGCUACUAUACACACCCAAUCCUAAAAACUUUUAUUCCAAACCACCAUAAACACUGUGCCAGUUUCUCUGCAAUCUGAGAUAUAUCCUCAGACAAUCGCAUCACAUUUAGCUGAAAACUGAAUUUGAACUUGUGUUUGUCUAUGUGUGAACAGUGUCUGAGUGGUGUUCGCACAAUGGUUUUUAAUAUGGCGUUUAUCUCGUUUUGCGAUGAAACUCUUCAUAUAAUAUAAAUUUAAACUUCGUGGAGCAGUACGUGGCGUUUUUCAAUAUGGGUAAGUAUAAAUUAUACUUGUUAAUUAUAAUUAUAUAUUAUGAAAUCAUAGUUGUUAUAAAUGUGUAACUUAUUGAA